AUGUGGCCGCCGCACCUAUACCCGGCAAUCAACCAUGCAACCACAGUAAGACAGCGAAGCAGCCAAACAACGAAGCGCUCGGUUUCCGUGAAUCCCGCACGAUGUAAACAGCAGGAAAAUGCCGCAGUGCGGCGCAAGUCGUUCACUUGCUCUAAGGAUGAGCAAGUCCUGCGCAGCAUCACCGACAUUAUCGGCUUCGUCGAAGAUAUGAACACUACAAAAAAGAGAGAUAUCAGUAGUGACGACAGAAGCACAUGUGACUCUCCAUCUGCUAUUAAAGACCAGCUGCCUGCAUCGAACCUCGUAAAAUUGCUCUCUGCCAGGCUGCAUGAGUUAAGCAAACUGCACCAGUACAGACAGGCAGCUAAAUCGAGAUCGGUGAACUCGGUUAAUAAUAACAUGAAUGCAGCGGAAAUUGUCGCAACACAUGGAGCUGCCAAUGAUACUGCGCUGAGUUAUUGCGGUGCGGGUGGAGGCCCAUUGGCUAACGGGAAAUGGCACAAUACUGGUCACACUCAGCAGUGUUACGCGGCAAAUAUGGCGUGGCCUUAUAGUGCCGCAACUUUAUACAAACGACCGGUAAUUAACAUAUCUGCCGCCAAAGCGGACGCGGCGCUCAUAAAGGAGGCUGCAAAAAGACUGAGAUGGGAUACAUGCGACGUAGGAACAGGGGGCGAUAUAUUCUGGUUCUCCAACUGCUUCACGGAGCGGAUGCUCAAAGAUCAAAGCAAGCUUCUAUUUGGAGUCACAUACAAGAAGGUGACCAUAAACCGAUUUGCAAACAUACAGGCAGCAACAAGGAAGUCGUUGUUUGCAUGCCUCACAGAUAUCUACGUCAGGUACACAGAAGACGACCCGUGUCUAUACAGUUUAGCAACUUGCCCAAAGACAUACCUCUUUCCCAAAUGCAACAAAAAAGUCCUGAGCGAGAUGCGAAUGGGUAUCCCGAUGAUACUCAAACCGUCAGCAGGCUCGAUGGGAAACGGUAUUAAGGUCGUCACAAGCCCCGAGCGGAUACCACAGACGAUAGCAAGGGGGGACAACUACAUUUGUCAAGUGUACAUCGCUCGUCCGAUGCUUCUAAAUGGUCGGAAAUUCGAUUUCAGGUUAUACGUGGUUAUAACCAAUAUCGGGGGAGGGUUCCACGCGCUGCUCUCCACCCUGGGAAUCGCCCGCGUCUGUAUCCAUCCCUACCAGCUGCCAGACAGCUAUAACUGUAAUGAUAAGUUCAUGCAUCUCACGAACUAUUCGAUUAACCGGCACCAUGCACGGUUCCAGAGAAGUGCGGACGUUGACGACAACGCAGGGCACAAGCGCACGCUGCGGUCGGUGCUCGACACCCUCAGCAAGACCCACGGCAUCAACAGUAAUGACGUAUGGGAGCAAAUGGUCACAGUAAGUGAGUCGGCUGUAUCGACACUCUACCCGACUGUGCAAUUAAAUGCGGAUCACACCGAUGCCUACAGCUUCCAAAUCAUGGGACUGGAUGUGCUCCUCGAUGAAAAUGGUAAAAUGUGGCUCUUGGAGAUUAACGCCAACCCGAGCCUACAAUACAUGUACCACGACAAUAACGCCGUCAAAUACGAUGUGGUUGAUCAACAUGUCAAAGUCUCGCUUGUGGAGGAGUGUCUAAAGUUGGCGCACAGGCUGCGCUGCGGAAGCACACGCAAACUUGAGCUGCAAACGUGGAUAGAGCUUCGCGUGCGCAUACCACCGGAAAUAGGCGAGGUUACGGCACUGUUCGCCGAAUACAAAAGCAAGUAUAAGGAGGAAGACAUACAUUGUGACGACUGGUUACGCUUCUGUAAAGACAACGGUCUGACAGCGGCGUUGCAAGAUUCCAUCCAAAGUCAGCACAAAAACAAAGCAAAUAAUGGCAAAAUUGACUUGCAAGAAACAAAAAAGAUCAUGAAGAACAUAUUCCUACGCACGCACACACGCCGGAAGGUGAACGGGUUUCCCGAAUUUCUCAGUCACAUGGAAGCCAUUGCGUUGUUUAUUUUCAGGCGAAUGAAAUACCAAGACUCCUCACACCUGGGAGCGGAAGUCGAAACACAAGCGCAGACAGUAGAUUCGCAAAACCGGAGACGCGACCACCACAACCUACGCCCAGCGGCUUGCCUCCGCAAACUGACUUCAGAGUCUAGGAUGAGUGUGACCCCGGAUAUCUCCGAAGCGCUUGAGGGCGUCUCAGAAGAAGACGCACGCCUCAUUGCCCAUCUGACGUGGCUUUACGGAGGAUAUUCCAUGAGAAGCAGGAAUAAAUCGGUUACGCCAACAGACGAUGACGAUGAAUCCGAUAUCUCGCCCAAGGUCACACACAGUAAGACAAAGGUGCAACCUGCGAAGACUGAACGAAGCGCUACGAACAAGCCAUCACGUCCGAAAAAAGACGAAAAGAAGACAAGCAGCAGGAAGCAUGAAAAACAACAGACUCGUAGUGUAGAUGAUGCUAAAAUCGCAGAUGUGACAGAAUCUCUUGCAGUUGGAAAUGUAGACACGAAGAAAAAGGAAGUAGACACCCCACUCAACGCAGCACCAAACGGUGGAAAUAGUGACAUCAACUCACAAAGUACAGAGGCCACGGAGACGCCAUCGGGCACUGCCACGGAUGUGUUAAAUGACGAGUACUACUACGGCUACUUUUUGAGGGGAAAGGACACGAUGAUUUUGGACCGCAGAAGGCCACGGUGGGCAAACGGACUUACUCUCAAGGAUAAGGUCAACAAGUUCUUUGAGUCUGGCGUCGCCACUCGCACCGAAAUCUGCGAUGGAACUCCGACAACGCUAUCCAUUUGUAACCAAUUCGAACUGUCUAACCACGAGGCCAUGGUCGCCGAUGUGGACCGUGUACAUUACUACCGCGCCGCCAUCUUCUGGUCCGGAUACAACGACAGUGAUAAUGAAGAAAGAAAAUCAACGAAGUAUACACUCGCACAAACGGAUUUUGAAACAGAUGUGCAAAACCAUUCGAGUAACUCCGAGGCUGGGGCUGGAGAAUCCGUCCAAGAGGAUACCAACUCCUCGUAUCCCACUACAAGGUGCAACUCCGGUGAAUUAAGCCCAAACAGUCCGAUAAAGAGUUAUUGCGCAGGCAAAAGGGUUCUUGAAAUCGGAACGGGUCCUAUGUGUGUCCUUGCAAUGAAUGCGCUGAACGCCGGCGCCAAAUUUGUGGACGCACUCGAAGUAUCCACCAGCGCCGCGAGACUCGCUUCUAAACUCAUGGCAGCAUACGGCGUAGCCGACAAAAUAAGGGUGUUCAACUGCCAUUCAAAGAACUUCUUUUUCGACGCGGCCUCCUUCUUCGGACUGAAGCGAGAGGACUACGCAGGGAUGACGGAAGUCGAUCUCCCAGCCAGUCCACCGUACGACAUGAUCAUCAGCGAGAUCCUUGGUGACUUCUGCUCGCAGGAAGGUGUGGCUGACGUGUUCUUGGACAUGCAGCGACGCGUAUUUUUCAACAAACCCGAAUACCUAAGCAAGGUUAAAAGCAUACCCACCGCAGCCGCGACAAUGUUCGUACCGUGCGUGUUCCCAGACGCAGACAAUGUAGUAAACAAGGCGAGCCUUCACGAUGAGAUGACUAUUUUCAGCCCCACUCUGAAAAUGUUGCAAAGCGUGGGACUGCGAAUUGACAACCUGCCGCUAUGUGAGCCAUGGCAGGUGCUCGAAGAACUGCGCUUUCAGGAGUGGAUGCAGCCACAAAUGUGCCAGCACUUCGAAUCCGCUUUCGCUAUCACCAGCUCCGGGCCCAUGUGCGGAUUCCUGAUUGGAAUCGAUGUCGAAAUCAGACCUCACGAGCACUUCGGCACGAGGUUUGGGCACUGCGAGUCCUGGUACUCGAACAUACUCCUAUACGAAAAGGAGUACAUGGUGUAUGCCGGUGAUGUUGUUCUAACAAGAAGCAUCGCAAACCUCACCAAUUACGUCUCUGCCAGUUGUCUCGGCGAUAAAAUUGACGUGUCGAGGCCGUCGUACUCCAUAAGGUCGUACAUCCUCAGCCCAGUGAACCCCGACGACUGGGAUGUGGAAGACAACGAAGUUUUCAACUACACGGAACCGUUCGAGUCGAGACCUAUGAAAUGCCCUUGCAUCGAUGACGCCGCACCGGAACCCGUCACAAAAGUUACAGUCGCUGCCCUUUCACAACUUAGUCGAGAUGUUGUCAACAGCCAGUGCUUAGAUGCGGAGGAUUGGCUCAGCAACCACCAGUGGGUGCGCAUCGGGGAUGACCUCUACAAAAUCAGGAUUCGCCCACCGCCAAUAAUAAUCGACUACGAUGAGCAAACGUCGGCCAGCUUCGGCCAGGUGCCGUCAGGCAAACGGAAAUUACCCACGGACCCUCCGAGGCGGUACAAACUGGUGAAGCCCAAACCGUGA